CAAAGCCGGCGGCCCCGCGGAGGCGGGAGCGGGGCCAUGGCUGGGGAGGCCGAGCCCGGUGGUGAAGCCCAAGGCGCCGAAGUAAAAACGCAGAGGCCAGCGGAAAAAACCCUCGGGGGACCGGCGAGGCGCGGCCCGCGCUCCGUGCUCAAGGUGUCCCAGCUGCUGCUCAGAGCCAUCGCCGCGCACAAAGGCCUCACCCUGGCCGCUCUCAAGAGGGAGCUGGGCAACGCGGGCUACGAAGUGCGCAGGAAGAACUGCCGCCCCGCGGGGGAGGCGCCGCGGCCCGCGGCCAAGGGCACGCUCCUUCGGGUCAGCGGCAGCGACGCCGCCGGCUACUUCUGCGUCCGGAAGAUGACGAAGCCCAAGCCCAAGCCGAGGAAGAGGCUGGGGGGCUCGAGGGUGGAGGACGGCGGCCGCUGUCCCCGGAGGACCCCACGCAGGCCCAGGAGCCCACGGAGGCGCCGCACGCGACGCAAGGCGGCCAAGAAGGCCAGGGCAGCGUGGAGACGGAGCACGAGGGUGAAGGACAGGGCGAGGAGGGGAAGGCCGACCGCCCGGGGCCCGGCGCGGGCCAGGACCAGGGAGGAAGCGGGGCUCGAGGCGAUGGAAGAGGGGAGAGGCAGGAGCUCUCAGGAAGACGCCAGGCCUCGGGCAGGAGACAAGAGGCCCAGCUCGAAGCCCCGGGAAGAGAAGCAGCAGGACCCCGAGAGGCCGGCAAAACGGAGCCUCCCGAAGCCAGCAUCCGUCAAAGUGGACCGGACUUGCAGUGGGCGGAGGCAGACUCGCACCCAGAUGCCGCCGUGACCUCAAGUUCCUCUGAAUGCGGUCGGGAUCCGCAGUGCGGGAGCAGCUUCUCUUCCUCCAGGCACAGCAGCCUGGUCCCCACGGGCUCCAAAGGCUCCCACACUCACUAAAAUGGACAAAACUAUUUCCAAGAACUUUCCA